AUGGCUAGCUACUACAACACUACCGCCUCUUACGCUAGCCCCCCGGCUUUCAAGAGAUCUCGAAGCAUCAAGAGUGACCAUGAGAUCGAUCUCAAUGGACCCAUUGAGGUUGUCGGAUCCGUCAAGUCUGGAAGCAGCAUCAGUCUGAACGGCGAUGUGAUUGUUCGAGAGAAGGUUGACGCCUAUGGAAGCCUUGGUCUGAACGGAAGCAUCAGAUGCGAUGGCAAGGUCAAGGCCUAUGGAAACAUCUUGGUGAACGGAUACACCGUUGCCAACGACAAGAUCAAGGGUUGUGGAAAACUCCGAGUCGUGGGAACACUCGAGGCCACAGAAUUGGAGAUUUAUGGAAACGUGAGCAUUACAGGACUAUUGAAAUGCCGACGUCUUGUUGUCUACGGAACUCUGACAUUGAUCGGAAGCGACUCAAGCUACUAUGUCACAGAGUCUGAGCAAGUGGCCGGAGCUGUCAUGAUGAGGGAGACUGAGCCCGACUGGGACUGGUAA